AUGAUGCUGAGCUGGGGGCCAGGCGGGGGCAGGCACAAAGACUUGCCCGGAAUCGACCUGUCUGCGUACAGCAGUCGUGGCAGCCAGAUCUGUGGGCUGGUGUCAGAGCUCAUCCGCAGCGCCAGCGAGAGAGGGCUCCCGGCUCAAGAAGAUGUGGCCAGCUCUGAACGAGCCCUGCAGGAGAUGCAAGGACUGAUAUCCAGCAUGCAGCAGGAAAUCACUGCAGCUCUAGAAGCAAAAAAGAGGCAAGAUGAAGAGGAAAAGAAACAAAAGCAGAAAGAGCUGGAGGAAAGAGAGCAGAUGAAGAGGCAGACUUCUGUCCCUGCACAGCAGUGCUGGGGAAAGCAGCGGAAGGAAGGACUUCAAGUAGAAACAGAAGAAAGUAUCAUGCAGUGGUACCAGCAGCUUCAGGAUGCUGCUGAGCAAUGUCUUGCUGCUUUCAGUGAAAUUGGCAACUGCAAAGGCAACGCUGAGGUGAAGAAGAUAAAAACAAACUUGCAGAAAGCUGCUACAAUCCCUGUCAGCCAGAUCUCCUGCAUAUCAGGCUGGAAGCUGAGAGAGGUGUUUAAUAAGAUCCAUAACCUGCUCUCUGGGAAGCCUGUUCAGACUGAAGGCCAAACGGUGUUGGUGACUCAGCAUCCACAGGGACUGGAGUUUGUUUGUUACAAACUGGCAGAGAAGUUUGUGAGACAUGGGGAAGGAGAAGUAUCUUUUCACCAUGAGUCAGCUUUCCCAAUAGCUGUGGUGCUCUCAGGAAUCUGGGAAUUACACCCUCGAGUUGGAGACCUCUUUUUAGCUCAUCUGCACAAAAAGUGCCCAUAUUCUGUGCCAUUUUACCCCGCUCGCAAAGAAGGGACUUCCAUGGAAGAGUAUCACAGGAUGCUUGGAUAUGAAGUCCAUGAUUCUGAAGUGGAAGAACAAGAUCAUUUUCUUAAGAGGAUGUCAGGAAUGAUUCGUCUCUAUGCUGCCCUCAUUCAGCUCCGCUGGCCCCAUGCCAACCAGCAAGGGGCACAUCCUCACGGUCUGAGCUACGGAUGGCGCUGGCUGGCGCAGAUGCUGAAUCUGGAGCCUCUGGCAGACCUGACAGCUAUGCUGCUUCUGGAUUUCCUGCAAGUCUGUGGCAAUGCUCUGAUGAAGCAGUAUGGCAUUCAGUUCUGGAAAACAAUGUUCUUUAUCCAGAAAUCCUAUAUCCCGAGAAUUGAAGCUGUGACCAGCUCGGGCCAGAUGGGCUGUUUGUCACGUUUGAAGGCUUUUGUGCAGAGAUGUUUACAGGCACAGGAAAUGCCAUUACCAGAGGGCAUCCUGACACCUUCCUUUUGGAGAACGUAAAUCCAUCGAUCGCCGAAGGGGUAUCGGGGACAGACAAAGGUGAUACAGAGACUCCACCAUCAGAAGGCAUGAAAAGACACCUUAUUAUUAGAAAUCUGCAGUUCUUAGAGAACAAUGGUGCACCUAAG